UGCAUACACCGUGGUCGUCAUGUUAAUACUUCAACGUUCACGUGUCAAGUUUCUCAGGGAAACGAAGAACAUGAUAAGGUCUUCCCCGUCGCUGUGGACCGUGGUGUUGUUCGCCAUUACGAUGUGGGCUCGGACUGCGCAAGCUCAAGAUGGAAACGUGGAUCCACAAUGCCUUCCAACGCAGUUAAGAUAUGCAAGAAUCGAUCUUCGACCUACAAGGGUUACAGUUAGCUGGCAACCUUUCCGGCCCCUGCCUCCUUGUGUCACGAACGGCGCCCGGUACACUAUCCACAUCGCUUGGAUCCCUGAGCAUGGACGAGCACAAGAACAGCAAAUUCCCGUGCACAGGGACAAGUUCGACGUCACCGGUCUCUCGCCGUAUGAAAGAGUUGACAUAAAUGUGUCACUGCAUUACAAGGACAAGAACGGCAACGAGCAUUCUGGGAACGUUACCGAUUUCCAAACCGGCGCAGCUGUUGCAGCACCUACAGCGCCAACGAACUUGAGGGUGACUGAAAUCAGAGAGGAUGGCACGAUGUUGGAAUGGGAACCGCCAGAAACACCGAACGGUCCGCUCGACGGAUACGAGUAUCAGGUCUGCAAAGUCAAGUCGUGCGACGAUAGACCGUAUAUCAAGUGCGCUGGUUCUUCCGAGACACGGAAGCUUGAAUUCCUUGCCCGGGACUUAGAACCUCUUCAGUUUUACUGGGUGUGGGUAGUAGCCUUCAACCAGGACUACAUAGCGAGGAAGAAACUCGAUGGGGGCUACGCGUCUGUGUGCUUCAAGGCAGCGCCUCACGCAUUGCAUUCUGUAAGAAACUUUGAGGCGAACUGUGCAAGCGCAAGCACCAUUGACUUGACCUGGAAACUGCCGCUUGAUGCGAAAGACAUCCCUCAAGCCUAUCGGCUGGAAGUCAUUCGAAGGACGGAAAGGGGCCACGAAAAGGAAUCCCAUGAAGUAGACAUCAAAGCUUCGUGCCGUGGAGAAGACUGCGCAUAUUCCUUGCGGGGACUCAAAGGAGGAGUGGACUACAACGUCGAAAUUUACCCUCACUACAAGGAUGUUGGCCCGUUUGGGGCAAGCAUUGGUUUCGCAGGAUGCAUAGUCCGACCUCCUCCACCAACCAAGGAAAUCAAGUUAGUCAAUGACCAUACGCUAAAUACGACUGAGCAAGCUUUUGAAGUGCCUUUGGAUAUGUUCGGUGAUAGUAUCACGAUUGCCAAUCAGACUGUGUGGAUUGUUGCUCAGGACACAGAAAUUGAGCAUUGUGGGAAAGUUAUUGCUUGGGAGGAGGCGUACCCGCAGGACCCCAUUAAGUGCUACGUUGUGAUACCUCUACGAGAAGAUGAUUCGCCUUUUUGUGAAACGAGAGACAAUGUCGCACGAUGUGUUCUUGGUAGACCAGACUCAGAAGACUGCUGGUUCUACCACUGUAACGGGCCACUGAGAGUUGGUGUCAAGUAUGGGUUAAAGAUAAGGCUACAGUACGGUCCUCACGCCUAUGUCGACUCCAAGCCUGCAUUCUUCAUUGCUGGGACUCCGAUAUCGGGAUUCGAUGACAGCACGAACGGCAAGAUCCUUCUGAUCGAUCCUUCACCGAUCCUUCUGAUCGGUGCGGUCAUCAUGGCAACACUCAUGCGAAGCACAGACCACGCCAUCUAGGCUAAACAAUGGAGCAAACCCGGAAUCAAGUGACGAUUUAGAGAAUAUGGAAGUACCUGCUUCAACCAUCAAAUAUUUUGACAAGACCUACUCAAUGACAUGUGGGAAGUCAUUGAGAACAAUUAUUAUAGAAGAACGCGGAAGGAUCAUGAUUCGAGCCUCGCAUCGUCGUGCCUUCAUCUCGAUAAGAAGAACCUGAUUGUGGGAGAGAGGCUAAACAUAUUUCGAUGAGCACCUUGGGAGAUGUAUAGGGGUCAAGCAAUCUCUGAACUCAGUUCUCACUUUGGCCGUCGUUGUAGACUUGUCUCUCAGGGAGUCUUCGUUGCCGCAAGUUUUGUUCUUUUGUUUUCAUUGAUAAUCGUAUCGUAGAAUGGAUUCCCGUAGAAUGGACCAUACAGCUCACUAAUGAUUUCAUUUAAAAUUACUGUCAGAAAUACUCGAAAAUAAAAGAACAAUACAGUGAUUUAGGAAACAUUUCUUUCGCUGUCUUACGGAAACAAAACAGCCAGUACAAUAUGAUUCGUAAAAAAGACCACUCUGCUCUUCCAUUCCUAGAAAUAUGGAUUUGCUACACAUUUAAUGCACAGCACUCAGAAUCCAACACUGAAGCUUUCUAAGAAUAAUAUGUAAAAGCUUUCGCGUGGUGGACAACGCUUCAUCAGCUACAAGAGAAAUAGUACGCCCACGCAAGUAUUCGUAUAGUAUUCGCGAUUCCAAUGAACUACAGGUGGCGCCCCCGAACAUCCAAGAUGGCGGACGAAAGGAGGUCCCUCGCGCGGAGCGAGCGUAGUGAAUGCGGUGUCGGCCGGAUUGUGUCCAUCUCUUUCUGCUUUUAAUAGUCACAAAUUCACAUGUUUCAUGAAAACGGAAUUAAUUUUGUCUGCUGGUCAUUUCAUACUGUGCUGUUCAACACAGAGUAGGCAAAAUGUUUCCGUCGUCGGAGUUCGUUUACAUCCGUCGUGCGUAGAGCGAACAAAAGAGGCAAUAAAGCAAACCAGAGAUUAGUUGCUAGAAGAGUGACAUAGCACGUUUUUUUUUGAUUGCGUGUUAGCACCGCGAAGCAACUGUGGCUAUGAGCGGCGUACAGAUGUGGACAGACGGAGAGAGGACAGCAGGAAGGAGUGGGGGACAGGGGGAUUAGUAUGCGUCCUGGGCCGACUUCAGGGGGAACUGUGCCGACAUUCGUCUGGAAAGUUUUCGGAAAACCCAGGGAAAACCUCAGACAGCACAGCCGGCGGUAGGAUUCGAACCCACCACCUCCCAGUCUACAGACAUAGCAUGUGUUUUGGAAUGUGGAUUAGUAACCUGCAAGGGGGGGGGGGGAGGGCAAUACAAUGUUUCUCCUCCUCAAGGUUUCUCCUCCGGUAGUCUCUAGUAUUUACAUGUGAUUGUCGCAGGGGAACAACACCUCCGUUGGAAGUGUAUAGUGUCUCUAUGAAUUAUAUACUUUUUGUCUAAACUUUGUGAAGUAAUCAUAAAAAAUUGUAAUCCACAAGUUAACGUUCACAUGGGCAUAUGCUACGGCCCAAGAGAACACUUCUUUCUUUGGAGUGGCGAUGACAAAACGACUCAUAUGAGGUGCUCAUAUGACGUUAGCUCUGACCCUGAUGUUUUCAGAACUCUGUGACUGUAUGCCAAAAGCAUACGUGAACAACACUUAUAAUGAAAACCCUUGGCAUACACGAGUAUAUCUGACCCCUUGUAUUGACUUAACACCAUACAUGUGUAACUAUUUAACGUGUCAUAUGCUGCGUGGCAAGCAUCCGAGUGGUGCAAGAGAUGCUUUGGCAAAGUGAGGUAUUCGUUUUCUACACUCAUCUUGGUAUUUACAUACAACUUGGUGCGGUAUUUUUAUCUUUGCCACUCGUUCGUUGAUACGUGUGCGGCACCAGAUCGAAGCUUGCUCUCCUAGAGAACAUCCAUAGUGGAUGCUUGCCUACGCCGCAUUAGUACGGUGAUAUUGUUUACUUUGCCUGAUAUCUGAAAAUGUAUACAUGUCAACACGACAAAGAAAUGCAGGUUCCUCGUUCUGUGUUAUUAAGAUUAAUAUGAAGAUAAAAUCGUGGUGACAGAGUUGAUCAGGAAAUUGGUAGGAUGCGUUGAUACAUGUGACUUCUGUUCCGUUCUUCUUGAUUAGAAAACUAUAUUAAAAGAAAGCAUGGGCCAUUUCCAACAUACUGAGAAUAAAUUAGUAGUGCACAAUUCUUCUUUUGGAUUUCGAUGCAUUCUUUGUUGCCAGCAUUCUGUCUAUACGCAAGAGAAACCUGUACCGCCGUACAGCUUCCCUGUCCAGACGAGCACUCGGGCCUCCGCUCGCAGCUUUUCGAAAUCUCCGCCAUGUGGCCACUGCUUCGCUGGAAUCGCGUAUGCAGUUUAAAAUAUGGCACGUGGGCACAAAUCGGAAAACGGGUGAUACACACUGAAAGAAUACAGUGCCGAAAAAUGCAAUUCGUACCCCCCUUUUCUGAUUUUAUUUUGUGUCCAUGUGCCACAUUAAAAACUGUAUACAUAGUUGUAUGAGCGUACUAUUGCUUUGUGCCUCAUGAAGCGUGGUCCGCUACGCGAAAGCUUGUCGGGUUGACGCUGAUAUAAACCGGUUAAAACAAAAACGUUCACAAAUAAAUACCUUGAAAAUCCAACUUCCAAAAUAAACUUUCAAAAAUAAAUCGUGUACAUGUCCACGGGCGUCCAAAUAAACUCGACAAAAUACACGUUUGAAAUAGACCUUUUGAAAUCUACGCUCUCUCAUUGGGGAACAGCGGCAACGUUCGCGUCGGAAAAAAAAGUACGGUCUUUGAUCUUCGUACAGAGCAUUCAUCUGCGAAAGAUUUUGCUAUUCGGAAGUGGGUUGUCCGCGAAUCCUUCAUGACUGUGCUGCGUAUAUUUCUUUUGCUUUAUCUUGUUUUUGCAGGAAAUGCCGUUGUGUGGUGGCGUCGUCCGGUUCAUGUUUAUGCAUGUUCAAUAAUAGUUAUCAACUCCAUGUCUGGGUAUAAUUCGCAGCGCAGCGUCUUCCUUUAUCAUGUGGCGUGUGUGUCUGUGUUUCGGUGACAUGAACAAUUUAUCCGCUGCACUGUUACUCUGCAAGUCUCUUGGCGACGUACUUCGUACAUUCGGGUUUCCCUUGCGCGAAAUGGUUGCCAGUCGCUACGAUCUACAUUCUGAAUGAAUUGCCCAGUUCACAAAUGAACGCAAGAACAUACGUGUAUGACCACCAUGGUUAUGACUGUAUUCAUACGCGUCGUCCUCAGCACUUUCAAACUCGAAACUUUGAUUUCCUCAGCUGUUAUUGGAAGAAACAUGCUUAAUUACGCUACAAGUAUGAAUACGAAACGUUAAUAUAACGAGUUUCUUUGACGAGCUGAUAGUUUCGUUCAUAAGCUGACGUACAGCUGAGAAUAAGCCUAACUAUGAUUUAUUUUGACGCUGUGGAUUUUCAACAGUGUGGGUUCUUAGCUGAUUUAUUUCACCUGAUGGAUUUUGACGCGUAGAAUUUUAAGCUUGAAUUUUGCAAUGUUUGGAUUCUACGCGUUUAUUUCAGCAUGCAUCCAGCUUGUCAGUGUUGGAUUUUUUUUUAGUGUUGUGCAUUUAAUCUCGAACUUGACCGUUAGUAUAAACUUCAGUUUGGUGUUGUCCGUGUCAUAUAUUCAGUCAUUUGUUAUAACUGCGCCGGACUUGUUAUGUGUUAAGGGAUCAAUGUUUUAAGCACCUUACGAGAUUAGGUUGACGCAUUAAUGUCAGAGAAGCCCUUCCUCCUUCCUCCCUCCGCAUCCGUCCGCGGCGUCGCCAGUUGCAACGGAUGAACCGUGCUCUUCCCUAAGAGAUACGGUCGACAGUGUUCUUUAGAGAGAGAGAGAGAGAGAGAGAAUAAAAAGAAUAAUGUUGGAUUGGCGAACGGAACUAGCUUCUGAUACUUGUAGUCUGGAGAAAUAUACUCCAUGAGAAACAAUAAAUUAGAGAGCUGACCAAAGGUCGCGCAAAUCGGGACAGACAAAACCAGAAUAGAGAAGUACCAACAAGUUAGUAAAGCUAACAAGUAGUAAUGCAGGACGUCAAAUAAAAAUAAUAAUAUAGAUAAAAGUAACGAAAUACAAAUAACUAGAAAGCAAAUAUGAGGGCUUCAUCUCGAGAGUAGAAAGCUGGUACGGUACUUGCGGUGGCAACAGGUCGACAGUUUACGGGUUCUCUCGUGCCUCUAUAGCGUUCUCCUCACACACAGUAUUUCAUUUCUGAGUUUUCGAUAUAGGAAUUCUUUUUGUGAGAAGCAGCCUUAGACAAGCACAUUGCAUGAUGAAGACCAUGGAAAAACACGUCCUGAAUCUCGCAGAUCAUCGUAUGUCGCGUUUCCGGGAAGGCUAUCAAGUAUCACUUGUUAACUAUUUUAUGUUCACUUAUUCACUAUCAAGUAUCACUAUUUCACACUCUCCAGCUUAAUUCACUAUUAGGGUGCGUCACAUUUCGGUUCACAAUUACCAGAAACAAUCUUCCCAUGACUCUCUGCCGUGACAGAUGCACAGAGGAUUAUACAGGGUGUUCAAAAUUAAGCUUUACACUAGCACUUUAUAAAUAGGCGAAGAAAAGAAAACUGGUGAUAUUUUUCUGUUCCUUGAGUAAGAAACAGGUGCUACAUAAUUAGCAGUACCUGUUUCUUACACAAGUAGCGUAAAGUUAUCAUCCGGUCUCCUGUCAUCGCUGUGUUUGCGUAGCGCUCGUGAAAGCUUAAUUUUGAACAGCCUGAAUAGAUAAUAUAUUGUUUAGAUGAUUAUAUGCUGGAGUUGGUCCUUGUUGUACAGUCGUUUUAUUCAUUAUUCAAGGCACAGGUAGUGUGCUGUUUCGCUUGCAUGAGACGUGCGUCGACACCAUGUGCCUCUACAAAUAUACAGUUUACCAAAGGGUGUACUGCCGAAGCCUGUUUGUUGUCGCAUGCGAUGGUGCUUCUGUGAUUUAUUGAUUAUUGCUCUGUCCGAAUAUAUUGCUCUCUAUACAUAUUGCUAUAUUGUAUAUUGCUCCGAAUUAUUGCUCUAGGAUGUGGUUCACGCUUUGGACUGCAAUAAACAAUACAGAGAGUCAGGUGAUUUGAAUGUGGCUGAUGUAGGAUUGGGAUGGUAAAUGUCCGAAGUGCGGUGUCAAGUCCGAAGUGCGUACGAAUAAAAGAGGUCGUUAUUUGC